UUGAAGUUUUGAGCCAUGGGCCCAAAGAGGCACAUGUCAUUACCCUUGAAGCGGCUCUUGGCCAUACUGGCGCUAGCGCUGGCGCCCACCUUCGUGGCCAUUGGUUCCGUUACCCCACCCCAUGGCAGGCUGACGCGGAGGCGACUGUCCCUUCGUGCUGGGACCGUGGCGGAGGUCCCAGCGAAGUCUUUGCUGCCUAUCUCCAUGUCUGUCUUCGUGCAAAUGCUCGGAGAAGGCAUUGCUAUCUCUACAAUUCCUCUGCAUUUGCUGAGCUUUGGGGCAUCCCCUUUGCAGGUGGGCCUUGCCACUUCGUGUUUCUCAGUGGCUCAAAUGAUUUGCUGCCCCAUCCUGAUCAGUGCUUCUAGCAGAUUGGGUCGUCUUCGUGUGCUCAGGGCCUGCCUAGCUGGUGCAGCCUUUGCUUCGCUGCUGAUCUCUAUCUCAAGUAGCAUCGUGGGCAUUCUAUUUGGACGACUUCUAGCGGGUGCUUUUGCUGCCUCUGUACCUGUCGCUCAAGCAGCAGUCACCGAUAUUGUGUCCGAUGGAGCAGCUACUGCCUUAAGCCGAGUGGCUGCUGCUGCUCAGCUGGGUGUGGUGGUUGGCCCUGCCGUCUCAGCCUUCGUGGCAGCAUUGCUUGGCAAGACCUUUGGUUGGCCAACAGAGCUCUGUGUGCGCGGCGUCUUUGGCGGCAUCGGAUUGGUGGCACUGAGUGUCCUGGCCAUCUCUCUCGCCCUGACUCCAGGUGGGCUCACAACGGCAACAGAAGCCACGAAAGCCACGAAAGCCACAGGAGGUGAUCCCUCCACGUCGUGGAGCUUGGCUCAACCCUUACUGCGGAUGGUGGCAGUGACCAUUGCAUGGUCGUUAACCUUGAUGGUCAGCACCUACGCCAUGUUUGCAAACCGCUGCUUAGGUUACAACCAGCAAAAGCUGAGUUUGAUCUUCUCUACUGGAGCAGCAGCAACUGUCACGACACAGUUGUUCUUGUUCCCAGUCCUGGUCAGUUUUUGGGGCCCAAACAUCACUUGCUUUUUGGGCAUCAUAUUCGUGGCUAUCGGGCUCAGUGGUUUCUCCCUGUGUUGGCAUCAACCAGGGCAUAUGCUCUUUUAUCUCCUCACACGUGUGGGCAGUGGCUGUGCAGAUACAGCCACUGCCACUCUCGUGGCCAAAUGCUCCAAGCCCAAGGACCGUGCCCGAAAUCUGGGGUUGAUCACCUCCUCUCGCGCGGCCUCACGGAUCGUGACACCCGUGGCCUCGGCGGAUCUCUUCGAGGCGAGCCUGAGCCAUCACGCAGCUCCUGGGGCUUUGCCCUAUUUGAUGGUGACAUCAUUGGCAGCCGGACUGAGCCCUGUGCCCUUGAUGCUGCAGAGAAAGGUCACCAAAAGGCCGCCAAUGGCUUCUCCCCAUUUUGAUAAGUCCAACUGGGCCUGGGGCCGGCGCCGCCAACUGGGCAUCCUGGCUGAGGUGGAACGGGUGCUCAAAGAAGAGCUGCAGGAUUUCAAAAAUGUACGUCUCUGA